AUGUCGGACUUACAAGUUCUCGAGGAUGCAGCUUCAAAAAUAUACACUGCUACAGACACUAACGAGCGCAAAAAUGCAGAACAAACGAUUUUAAACUUGGUGGACGAUCCCCAAGGCCUCGAAAAAUGUCAGAUGUUGUUGGAGCGUGGCACAACGCCCUACUCACAAUCCUGCGCGACCACGACGCUAGUAAAGCUUGUUUCUCGUCCGAGCACAACGCUAGAGAUACAGAAGCGAAUCGAUAUAAAGAACUAUGUCCUAAACUAUCUCUUCAAUCGUAAUCUUGAGUCUUUUGUGGUGAAGAAUCUUAUACAACUGUAUGCCAAAAUCACGAAGUUAGGCUGGCUCGACUCGUAUGACGGGGACUGGCCGUUCAGAAAUGUUGUCGAAGAUGUUGAGAAAUUCCAGAAAGCAAGUUUGGACAAAUGUAUAAUUGGGGUCUCCUUAUAUGAAUUAUUGAUCGUUGAAGUCGACAAAGCUGGUUACGCAGAUAAUGCGAGGCCUUUGACAAAGCAGCGCAAAACAGCGGCAUCGUUCCGAGAUAAUACACUUCUUGACUGUUUUAAAACUGCUAUUCGAUUGCUGCGAACUGGGCUAGAGACAAACAGCUUCAAUGUCAACGACUCAAAGCAAGUGCAACUCAUCGACGGGCUACUCAGACUCGCUAUGGCGUGCCUCAACUACGACUUCAUCGGAACAUGCCAAGAUGAGUCUGCCGAUGAUCAGACAACUGUUCAAAUUCCUACAAGUUGGCGCCAGUUCUUUGUUGAAAAGGACAGCGCGAUGCAGCUCUUCUUCGAUCUUUAUAAAAUUCUCCCCGCGGAAAACUGUCGCCUUCUUCUUGCAUCGAUGGUUCAGAUGGCGUCUGUUCGCCGAAGCUUAUUCAAUGCGGAAGAACGUCAUCAAUAUUUGACGACUUUGAUGAGGGGAAUCACAUCCGUGUUGAAUAACGGAAACAGCUUGUCGAAUCCUGAAGUGUAUCACGAAUUCUGUAGGCUAUUAGGCCGUCUCAAAGCUAAUUAUCAGCUUGGGGAGCUUACUUCUUUAGACGACUAUUCUGAGGCCAUCCGCUUGAUUGCUGAAUUCACUGUCCAAUCGCUAAAUUGCUUUCAAUUCUCUACAAACAGUUUGCACUACCUCCUCGGUCUCUGGCAGAAACUAACCGCCUCGAUACCAUACAUCCGAAAUGCAAAAGCUCAUGAGCUCGACAAGUACACGCCAGAAGUAACGAAGUCUUACGUGCAGUCAAGACUUGAAUGUGCCCGCUUGGUCAUUUGCGAUGGGAUGGACAAUCCUCUCGACGACCAAAACUCGUUGACACAACAGCUCGACCAGAUCUCCACCAUCUGCAGAUGCGAGUAUGAAUCAACGACGACGUUGCUAAAGAAUUUCUUCGACCAAGUUGGGCAGGAGUAUUCGCGGGUUCUCAAUGGUCAAGUAAACGAGCAGGAGAAGAAAAUCAUCGAGUUCCAGAUCGGUUGGUUAGUUUUCAUUAUCGGUGCUGCUGUUGGCGGGCGAAUAAGCAUCACGAGCUCGGAUGAGCAUGAUGCUUUGGAUGGUGAUCUCAGUAUAAAGAUUCUAAUGCUCAUGGAUGUCAUCAACAAUGGACUUGAAAACGGCAAAGGAAGAUCUGAAGCCAUUGAGCUGGCGAUGUUGCAGUUUUUCGAUCAGUUUAGAAAAAUCUACGUCGGAGAUCAAGUCCACAAGUCGUCAAAAGCGUAUAUGAGACUGUCUGAGGUGUGCAGCUUGAAUGAUGAGUCGGAUAUUCUUGAUGUGCUUGUAAAGAAAAUCAUCAUCAACUUGAAAUAUUGGGGCGAGAGCGAAAAAAUUUUGCGAAAAACGCUUCAAUUAUUGUCCGAUCUUGCUGUUGGAUACGCCACUGUUCGAAAGCUGAUAAAACUCGACUCUGUCAAGCAGCUCCUUCACAAUCACCAAGAUUUCCCUUUCCUGAGAAUACAAGAUGGGUUUGACAAUAAGUCACAAGUCAAGCGCCUCAAGAGUAGAACGAGCUUUUAUUCGGCUCUCGGUCGCUUGCUGAUGGUGGAAUUAGGAGAGGACGAAGAGAUCUUUUCUAACUUCAUGCGUCCAGUCCAGGAAGCUUUUGAUAUUCUCCGAAAUGGGCUCAAUGACUCGAGUUGUGGGCCUAACAAUUCGCAUUCGCCUCAGCUGAAACAGUUGGUCAUCGGCGUUGCCCGAGAUCUAAAUGGAGCCGCCAUCGCAUUCAACAACAAAACUUCGUAUCUCAUGUUAUUCGAGUGGUACUUUCCAGCGAAUAUUCAAAUCUUAGGAAAAGCCUUGAAAAUUUGGUACCACGAUCCAGACGUGACUACGCCCAUUUUGAAAUGUAUGGUUGAGCUUCUUCAAAACAGAUCUCAACGAUUACAAUUCGAAGUUUCAUCACCAAACGGUGUGUUGCUUUUCCGCGAAGCUUCCAACAUGCUCGUCACUUACGGUCAAGCCAUCCUUGGCAUCGGAGAGAUUCCUGACUCGCUAAUUUACAGCCAUAAAUUGAAAGGUGUUUGCCUCUGCUUCAAGCUACUGCGUUCUGCUCUCAGCUCAAAUAUGGUCAACUUCGGAAUUUUCAAGCUUUACAAUGACAACGCAUUAGAAAAUGCUUUCGAGACGUUUGUUAAACUGCUCGUGUCCAUCACUCCAAGCCAACUUGCUGACUACCCCAAGCUCAACACUUCAUAUUACAGUCUUAUGGAAGUUAUCACUCAGGAUCACAUGACAUUAUUCGCACAGCUACCGGAAGAAGUACUCUACUCUAUCAUGCAAUCAAUUACGCACGGACUUGCCGCGUGGGACACUGCCGUCUGCACAAACUGUUGUACUACACUUGAUAAUGUUGUUUCAUUCGUUUGGAGAAUAUGGAACAGACGAAACAAGGCCGCUCUUUCACAGAACUGGGAGCUAGCUGCUGGACAGAAGCUUUUAGGAAUUCUCGAAAAACACCCAGAACUGAUGCAGCAGCCGCUUAUUAAUAUUUUAAAUAUAAUCAUGUUCCAGGAUUGCAAAAAUCAAUGGAGCAUGUCAAGACCACUGCUAGGCCUUAUCCUGAUUAAUUUUGACAACUUUGGCAAGGUGCAAGAAAGCCUUUGCUCAACCCAAAGCCCCGACAAGCUUCAGGGACUGUCCCAGUGCUUUGAACAUUUGAUGGAAGGUAUUGACAAGAAUCUUCAUUCGAAAAACCGCGAUCGUUUCACGCACGGACUCUCUGUUUUCCGAAGAGAAGUGAAUGAUGUUUUGAAGGCUGUCGGUGAAAACGGCGCAAGUGCCAACGGGAAAAUGGACUCCAACAUGAAUGGGUACUCGAGCUAUCGUUAA